CUGCCAAUGGCCUGAGAAGCGCCUGCGCAGUGGCUUCCGUCCCCGGCAUGCAACGCGCUGCUGCUGACGUCAGCCGCACUCUGCCCAGUCCCUGCCGCCAUUGGUGAGUGUGGAGCCUGUAACUCCCGGGCCAGGCCUGAACCGAGACACCGAGCGGGCCCCGGCUGCUGACCCGUACGCGAACCCUCCCAACCAGGCCUGGAAGUGACGCAGCGAGUCCGGCGCUUUCGAACCGAAAUCUGCUCCGAGUGACCGCCUGAGGCCUAUACCCGCUGUUCGGGCUCCGGCCUGUAGUGAGCCGCCCGCCCCCUCCGGACCGUGUGGAUUCUCCGUAUCCGCUCUUCAUGAAUGAUGUCUGCCACAAGCGUGGACCCGCAGUGCAGGUAAAAUGCUUCGGCUUACAGAAGACCGUCUAGAUUGCAUAAACCUGUAGCACACCCUCAGCUGUGAGAAGUAUUUGCAGAGGGCAUUUACCCCUAUCUCGGGAUUGUAUGACAGCAAGCAGAGUUCUUGAAAAUGGAGAGACCAAAAGGACAGGACAGUAAAGUUUUUCCACUAGGGCGCUCAAACAAUGAUCUUAUUUCAGUUCAAAAUGGAUCUUUGCACCAGAAGGACAACGUCCAUGACAACGACUUCGAGCAGUAUCUGUCCGGGCAGUCCAACCAGAGUAACAGCUACCCUUCAAUGACAGACCCGUACCUCUCCAGCUAUUAUCCGCCAUCUAUCUUUCCCUACUCCCUGAGUGAGGCGCCAUGGUCAACUGGUGGGGAUCCUCCCAUCCCAUAUCUUACCCCAUACGGACAGCUCAGCAACGGAGACCAUCACUUCAUGCACGAUGCAGUGUUCGGACAACCAGGGGGUCUGGGGAAUAACAUCUACCAACAUCGCUUCAAUUUCUUCCCGGAAAACCCUGCAUUUUCCGCUUGGGGCACCAGCGGUUCUCAGGGUCAGCAGACUCAGAACUCUGCCUAUGGGGGCAGCUACAGCUACCCUCCCAGCUCCUUGGGCGGGACAAUUGUGGAUGGACAGACCGGCUUUCAUAAUGAGACUCUGAAUAAAGCUCCGGGCAUGAACAGCAUCGAACAGGGCAUGGUGGGGCUUAAGAUAGGCAGCAACGUGACUGCAUCAGCAGUAAAAACGGUGGGAUCUGUGGUAAACAGCGUAGGAAUGCCAAGUGCUCUGUCAGGCAAUGGUGGCAACAGUAUCAGCAUGCCACCUUCCAAACCCACCUCAUGGGCAGCAAUAGCCAGCAAACCUGCCAAACCACAACCUAAAACAAAAACUAAACCCGUGACCAUCAUCGGUGGGGCACUGCCUCCACCGCCUAUCAAACAUAACAUGGACAUUGGCACCUGGGACAAUAAGGGUCCUGUUACUAAGCCCCCAAUGCCUCCGCAGAUCCCAUCUCCUCAGUCCAUCCCUCAGCCGCAACCCCAACAGCAGCUGCUGCAACCCAUCCCUGCUCAACCCCCGCCCAUGUCCCAAGCCCCUUACCAAAACCCCCCAGCUCCACCGCAGCAGCAAGCCCCACAGAACCGCUGGGUAGCUCCCCGUAACAGGAACGCUGCCUAUGGGCAAGGUGGGGGACCUGACGGGAAUCCUUUGGGUGGGGCUCAGCCUCACGCUGUCCCUGGUAGUGACUCCCAUCCAGUGUUGGAGAAGCUUAAAGCCUCUCACAGCUACAACCCCAAGGACUUCGACUGGAACCUGAAAAACGGACGAGUGUUUAUCAUCAAGAGUUACUCAGAGGACGAUAUUCACCGUUCCAUCAAGUACUCUAUCUGGUGUAGCACGGAGCAUGGUAAUAAGCGUCUGGACAGCGCUUUUCGCUCCAUGAACGGCAAAGGCCCAGUCUACUUGCUCUUCAGCGUCAAUGGCAGUGGACAUUUCUGCGGUGUGGCCGAGAUGCGGUCACCUGUCGAUUAUGGCACCAGCGCUGGUGUCUGGUCACAGGACAAGUGGAAGGGCAAGUUUGACGUUAAGUGGCUCUUUGUCAAAGACGUCCCCAACAACCAGCUGAGGCAUAUCCGUCUGGAGAACAACGACAAUAAACCGGUCACAAACUCGCGAGACACGCAGGAGGUGCCCUUAGAAAAAGCAAAACUAGUGCUUAAAAUCAUUGCCACUUACAAGCACACGACCUCCAUCUUUGAUGACUUUUCUCAUUAUGAGAAGCGCCAGGAGGAGGAAGAGGUCGUGCGCAAGAAUGGCAGUGGCAUCAGAGAGAGGAACUGCUAGCAAAAGAGAGGGAGAAGACUUGUACAGAAGGAAUGCCAGACCCGAAGCAAACAGUAAAGACGUCACUUCAACUUUGACUAGAACUGAUCUUAAAAAAAAAAAAAGUUUAAAAAAAAACACCAAAUCCUAAAAGUAACUUUGAAACACGAUAAAAAAAAGAAACUGAAUAGACUUUGUGGUGCCGCCUGUAGGCUUGGGACUGAGAUAACUCUUUCAGCAUCUGUAUCUUCUAACGCGAGCUACAACGUAACUUCCACCCUCUCCUCCUAAAUUUCAUUUUCUUUGUUUUUUUUUUCUUGUUUUUUUUUCUCGGCCAGUCCACUGUAUCCCUGUAUCAUUAUAUACCUGUAGUUUAUAAGUGUACUCCGCCACUCCUCCCCCCCCCCCUAGCCAAGUAUCUGCUCCGUAUUUGCCCUGAAACAAUAAUGAAAGAAAUUAUUGUACUUCAAACUGCCCCUGUAUGACUAAGGAUUUUUAUUCUUUAAUUCUUAUUCAUAAGGGUCAAUUCAACCCCAUGAACCCGACCCCCAACAAUUCAGUGCGACAAUCCAUGAAGUCAAGGUGAUCGUGGCAGCCUAGCCCAUAACAGCCAAUCAGGAAGCUGCUUUUUCCCCACUUUAAGGCUGUCGUGUGAUUGGUAAUUAUGGGCAGUGCCAACAUUUCCCUCUUCGUGCUGUUGGCGGCCCCCUCCGGUAUCCUAUGGUCUGUCAUCAUGUAUCACAUCUGACAGUGUCCUUUCAUGUUGGCAUCUUAUUUUGUGUUUGGGAGCUAUUUUUUAUUUUUUUUUGCCAAAUUGCUUUUUUUACUGCUUUUGCAAGGUCUUAGAGGGGAGUUCCUCUAAAACAGUUUACCCAUGCCUAUGCCUUUUUGAGCUGUUGCAAAGCCAGGGGCUGUCAGCGUUAUGUGGGUUACAGGUUUACAAGCAAAAGUUAGUCAGGACAUGAUGGGAGUUGUAGUCUUAAAAGACGGAAGCUGUCAAGGCAAGAGGGAAGUUGCAGUUUUGCAAGUUGUAGGCUGGUAGGGCAAAAUGGUUGUAGUUUUGUAACAGCUGAAGAAGUGCCGGUUCGGGAACACUGCUCUACAAUGCGGGACCUUACGGCUGUAAAUGGCAUGGGAGGAGGGGAGCGUGGAGAUUUUUUGCAACAUUGAUGUCAUUGGUUAGGACAAGUCCCUGCCUGUGAAUACAUAUAUAUGUAUGUAUUACCUGUACCCUGUGGAGGGAUCCAUAUCAUGAAAAUAAAGCAGCCCGCCCAGUCACUAGUGACCAUUGCUAUCCCAGUGUUGUCAUUGCAUCCUAUCGGCUUGAUGGAAUCGCCUCUUUCAUGGAUGUUAGCUGUGACGGCAAAAAUGACUGUUACCAGUCUAUGCGAUGUUUGCAUGCAAACUCUUGGUGGGUGAUGCCCUCAUCCUAAGAAUACACUUUGUGUGGUUGACAUCAGUUUUAUUUUAUCAAUCGUGCACCUAAAUGUGGCUGUAUCUAAUCUACAUUCACCUAUCCCCCCCUCCCCCCUCUGGUACAUAGGCUGCUGUGUCCUAUGACAGUGAACUAUUUUGCAAAAGUUGGUAUUUCCAGUUCUUUUUUUUUGUCAUAAUCAUUGUGUUAAAUCAUCUGCCUGUCCUAUUGCAUUAUAACCUCAUCAUGCAUGUGAUUCGUAUAAAGACCAGUGUGAGUGUCUGUUAUUGAUACGGGGGGAGGGCACCAGGGCCGAUGCUCACCUAAUCCAGUUCAGCGUCUCUACUCGUUUCCGCUUUGAAUCACGUGAUCUUUUGCUCCGGAUUAAACUAUGGAAACACACAACCUAUAUUGAUCCUUUGGGUGUCUGUAGAAAAGAAUCCAUUACCUAGCUUGGUUGUGCUGUUACCUCUAUCUCUCCUCUAGGGGGGGCUGGUUAGAAGCUGUUAAAAGGCUACUCCACUGGCCAGCGUUCAGAAGUAUAUGUUCCAAAUGCUGUUUUGAUGCUGUGAGGGUUGGCCACGCCCCUCAUGACAUUACGGCUUCGCGCCCCCCCCCCAAUGCAAGCCUAUGGAAGGGGGCGUGACUGACAUCACGCUCCCUCCCAUAGACUUGCAUUUGGGGCGUGGCAAUGAUGUAAUGAGGGGCGUGGCCAACCUCCACAGCGUCAAACAAAGCAUUUGGAACAUUUACUUUCAGAUAGAUCAGGCCUGCAAAAAGAGUGUAAAAAUAAUUUUCCAGUAUCUGGUACCUACCUGUGUGUACAUUAGGUCUCAGUUAUACACCCAUAAAAUGCAUUUGGAAAGUUUUCAGACCUCCUUACAUUUUCUGUUGUGGUAAAAUAAAAAUCUGCCUACAAUACCUCGAAACAUCAAAGGGAAAAAAGUUAGAAAUCUUUGCAAAAAGGAUAAACUAAAAUUUAUCGUGGUCAUAAGUAUUUAGACCCGUAGUCAGUACUUAGUUGAACCCCCUUUGGCAGAGUUUAAAGCCUCCAGUCUUUUGGGGCAUGAUGCCACAAGGGAUUUACUGCCAUUCUUCUCUGCACAUCCUCUUAAGCUCUGUCAGGUUAGGUGAGGACCAUCGGUGGAAGACAUUUUUAGGUCUCUUCAGAGAUGUUCAGUUGUGUUCGUCAGGGCUCGAGUGCAAUCAUAGGGUUGUCCUUAAGCCAGUCCUGUGUUGCCUCUGCUGUGUGCUUAUGGUCAUUGUCCUAUUGGAGGGUGAAUCUUUAGUCCAGUCUAAGGUGCAGAACACUCUGGAUCAUAGUUUAAUGAAGAAUAUCUCUGUUUUUUGCUCCAUUGACCCUCCCCCUCAAACCUGACCAGCCUCCCUGUGCCAGGUGCUAACAUUUAAUUUUAGUUUCAUCAGACCAGAAAAUCUUGUUUCUCACGGUAUGAGAAUCCUAAAAGCGGUACUCCACUGCCCCAGUGUUAGGAACAUUUUGUUCCAAACACUGGGUGCUGGCUUUGGGGGUCUUGACGUCAUACCACGUCCCCUCAAUGCAAGUCUAUGGGAGGGGCGUGGUGACUGCAUUGUGUGGCAAUGACAUCACUACCCCUGCGCCCAGCGUUCGGAACGAAAUGUUCCGAACGUGUGGGCAGUGGAGUACCCCUUUUAAGGUGCUUUUUGUAGUAAACUUAGAGUGGGCUUUCGUUUGUCCUCUAAUGAGUAGAGCUGCAGUGAUGGUUGACCUGUAGGAAGUUUCUCCCAUCUGCAUACAGGAUCUUUGGUGCUCAGCCAGGGUGACCAUUGGAUUCUUGGUCAAGUUCGGUGGGGUGGCCAUCUCUAAUAGAUUCCUGCCUGAUCAAAACUUCUUCCAUUUGAGAAUUAUGUAGGUCACUGUGCUCGUGGGUACAAAAAAAGUGCUGCACUUUAACUUCCCUUCUCCAUAUCUGUAUAUCCAGACAAUUCUGUCUGAGCUCCGCAUACAGUUCUUUCCCCCUCAUGGCUUGGUUUUUGUUCUCAUAUGCAUUGUAAGCUAUGAGACCUUGUAUAGACAGGGCUGGGGAGAUUUAUCAAAACCUGCCCAUGGCAACCAAUCAGAUGGCUUUCUUCCUUUUUAACAAGGCCUCUGCAAAAUGUCAACAGACUUCUUGGCUAAAUCAAAAUCCUUAAACCAAAAAUAAGAAGUGCCAUAAAAUCAAUCAUUCAUUUAUACUCCCAAAAUACCACCCGUAGAAAGGAAAUGAGCCCACACACAAGUAGCUUAGAGUAAAGCACAAAAACAACUGAUUACUCAAACUAUAGGGCACCUGUACGGUUCUGUCCCCAGACUCUCACUGUAUACUCUUGAAUUCCUUAAGUACAAUGUAAUGAGUAAAGUGGUUACACUUAGCAAAUAUAGUCAAAACGUGCCUCCCUACGUGUUUCUGCUGUGGAUUGUAACAGCAU